CUGUCCCCUCACACCUGGUUCGUAGUACCCUGCUAGCUAGGUGCUAAGGCAGGCGUACCAAAACUCCACUGGCUUUCAACCGUUUCCGCAAGUCCGAGCCUAUACAGCGCAAAAUGGACCAACAACCCAGAGACGCCUUCACAAGAUGGGCAAAGCAGUUGCAGAAACAGGGCGGAGGCCGGCGUGGCUUCCCCAAUCCUGGGAGGGGAACGAUGUUGGGAGCUGGAGGGAUGGUUGCCCUCGUUGUUGGAGGGAUCGCACUGAGCCAGAGCUUGUUCAAUGUUGAUGGUGGUCAUCGUGCUAUCAAGUAUUCUCGGUUAUAUGGUAUCAAGGAUCAAAUAUAUCCUGAAGGCACACAUUUCCUCAUGCCUUGGUUUGAGCGGGUGCACAUCUUCGACGUCCGUGCAAAGCCACGGAACAUCUCCUCCCUCACGGGUACAAAAGAUCUCCAGAUGGUCAACAUCACCUGUCGUGUGCUCUCUAGGCCAAAUGUGACCAGCCUUCCCCAAAUUUGGCGUGAGCUCGGGCCAGACUACGACGAGCGCGUGUUACCGAGUAUCGUAAACGAGGUGUUGAAGAGCGUGCUCGCGCAGUUCACAGCCAGCCAGAUCAUCACGAGUCGUGAACAUGUGUCCAGGCUCGUACGCGACAACCUUACGAACCGUGCGGCCAAGUUCAACCUUGUCCUGGAUGACGUGUCCAUCACACACGUCGCCUUCUCCCCCGAGUUCACCCAUGCGGUAGAAGCGAAGCAAAUUGCGCAACAGACCGCGCUCAGGGCGGCGUUCUUGGUCGACCAAGCUAUCCAGGAGAAGGAGGGUAUCAUCGUCAAGGCGUCUGGAGAGGCACGCGCAGCGGAACUGAUUGGCGAAGCGGUACGGACGAACAAGGGUUUCCUAGAGCUGAGGAGACUUGAGGCGGCCAGGGAUAUUGCGACUAUCUUAGCUACCAGCGGCAAUAAGGUCAUGUUGGACUCCCAGGGGCUGCUGUUGAAUGUGACCGCUGACGCAAAAGAUCUGCUGAACACGGCGGCGAAGAAGUAAAAGUAGCUUUAGGGCGGGCGGAUUGUACCUUCAUAGGCAGGGAUUCAUGAGGCUGCACAUCACUAUUCAG